CGAGUUCAAAACUAUAAAGGCUUUCAUGCUAAGUUCACCAUAUAUAUUUCGAGGUAUACAGUAUACUGAGUGAUGACUUCCCUCACCCCUUCUCUAUAUCGAGAGUCUGGGACACGGUUGGCUUUGGAACGGACCCAUCUACCUAUCUCCACUAACGCACGAGAUACCUUUGCAUCGCUCGGUUUGAAUACUAGGUUGUGCGCUAAUGUUGUAAAAGUGGGACUUCAGAAGCCCACCGCCGUUCAGCGGGAAUGUAUUCCUGCCAUCCUCAGAGGCUUCGACGUUGUCGGCACUUCACAAACAGGCUCAGGUAAAACAGCAGCAUUUGCCUUGCCGAUUCUUGAACUGCUUGGUGUAGACCCUUAUGGAAUAUUUUGUCUUUGUUUAACUCCGACACGCGAACUGGCUUCUCAAAUCGCGGAUCAGUUCGAUGCGUUCUCCUCGGGAAUAUUGUUACGAAGCUGCAUUGUGAUUGGUGGUGAAAGCCUCCGAGCACAAGCUAGUGCACUUUCGUCGCGUCCACAUGUCGUCGUUGCCACGCCUGGCCGGCUCGUGGAGCAUUUUCUUUACAAUGAUGAGAUAGUCGGGGCUUUCUCGAAUCUACACAGUCUUGUGCUUGAUGAAGCAGACCGACUUCUUGAGCCAGGUUUCGAUGCAGAGCUUCGUAUCAUUAUGCACAACUUGCCAUCUCGCAGACGGAAUACCCAUCUCUUCUCGGCAACCUUGACACCCUCCAUUUGUGCAAUACAGGAAGUGACUCAAAAGACAGCAUUUCACUAUGAGGCCCAAAGCAAUCCUGGGUUCAAAGACUGCGUGCAGGAAUAUUGCUUUGUGCCAGCUAAGGUGAAAGAAGUGUAUCUCCUACACCUCUUAAAAGUCCUGCUCUCAAACGGGGUCUCAUCAAUUAUCGUCUUCACGCGGACGAUCUAUUCUUGUGAGCUUUUGCACGAAAUGCUGGGCAUUCUUGGUUUGGAUACAGUUUUAUUGCAUUCUAUGAAAAAGCAAAGAAUUCGUGCUUCUAAUCUUGGUCGCUUUAAGUCUGGCGAGGCACAAAUUCUAAUUGCUACCGAUAUUGCCUCUCGGGGACUGGAUAUACCAACUGUUGAUGUUGUUAUUAAUUAUGAUGUUCCAUUUGUCCCUCGAGAGUACGUACACCGAAUUGGGCGUGCAGGUCGCUCUGGCCGAAGGGGAAGAGCGAUAACGCUUGUUUCCCAAUUUGAAAUCGUGUUGUUGCACAAAAUUGAGCAGCUUACUGGCAUUGACCUGGGCGAGGUUUCAGGAGUAGUCGAGGGUGAAGUGCUGAAGAACAUGAGUGCAAUUUUUUCUGCAAGGCGGGAAGGUAAAAUGAAGAUGAGCCAAUUAGGUGGUUUUGAAGAUCAGCUGAGGUUGAGGAAAAAAUUAAAGAGAUAGUAGUUAUUUGUGAGACAUCGAUAAACUUUGUACAACCGGUCUCACAAAAAUUGAAUCAGUUCAUAUAUGAACCACU